ACUCCACAUCUCUUCUGUCUUCUCCCGCAGACAAGCAAGAGAACAACCCACCGCCAGCCACCGUCACCAGCUUCAGAUUCCCCUCGCGCACCGGGCCGUCCGCGGCCCCACAAGCCAGCGACUACCAGCAGCCAGCCAUGUGCGGCGGCGCCGUCCUCCGCGGCUGCAUCCCGCGGCGGGCCAGGCCGGGCCAGCGGGUCACGGCGGGCCAGCUCUGGCCGGAAAUCAAGAAGCCGAGGAGCACCGGGGCAGAGGAGAAGAAGAGGGCCCGCGAGGAUGAGGAAUUCGAGGCCGCCUUCGCUGAGUUCGAGGUGGAGUCCGGAGAGUCGGAGGUGGAGUCCGAGGACGAGGCCAAGUCCCUCGCCGCACCCAGGAGCGUUGUCGCCAGAGAUGAAUUAAACACAAUUGCAGCUGGUGUUGAUGGCCCUGAUGCUAGGAAGAAAAAGAACCAAUUCAGGGGUAUCCGCCGUCGCCCAUGGGGUAAAUGGGCUGCUGAGAUCAGAGAUCCUCGCAAAGGUGUUCGUGUCUGGCUCGGUACUUACAACUCUCCUGAAGAAGCUGCCAGAGCUUAUGAUGUUGAGGCACGCAGGAUUCGUGGUAAGAAGGCCAAGGUCAACUUCCCAGAUGAGGCUCCAGUGGCUUCUCAGAAGCGCCUUGCUGAGCCUACAUCUGUGAAAGUGGCCAAUAUGGGCACUGAGGAGAAUCUGGUUAUCAACAACAUGACCAAUGCGAAUGCAAACCACACCAUACCUGAGCCAAUCAUGCAGACUCAGAACAUGUCAUUUGCUCCUAUGGUGAAUACUGCUGCCUCCAUUCAGGAACCUUUGGCGAACCUGUCCUCUGACCAAGGUAGCAACUCCUUCAGUUUCUCAGACUUCAGCCUGGAGAAUGACACCAGGACCACUGACAUAACAUCAGCUCUUGCACCUGUUCCCACUUUGACAGAGGUUGAUGAGUCCGCAUUCCUCCAGGGCACCUCCAAAGCUGUGGUGCCUCCUGUGACAGGGGAUGCUAGUGUUGAUCUCCCUGAGUUUGAGCCAUAUAUGAAUUUCCUGAUGGACAGUCCAGAUGAGCCAGUCAACCCAAUUUUGGACUGUGAUGGAUCCCAGGAUGUGGGUGGCAACAUGGACCUUUGGAGCUUUGAUGACAUGCCCAUGCCUGGUGGUGGCUUCUUCUGAGUUUGAGGCCUAGCGACUGGUGCUUGUACAUAGGGCUUCGGAAUAAUAUUCCAGAGAUAAUGAAGCGCUCAUGUCAGGCGACUGGCUACUGCAGGCGCUCAGUAGCGAAGCUAGUAUAUGUUAGAUAGAUGUUCAGUUUAUUUUCUUAAGUAGUCAUUGGCACUGGACAUGUACCUUAUUACUAUGUAAGGUGACAACUAUUAUGUGUCUGGAGCAACCUAUCCUUUUUUUUCAUGUCUUUACUUCAAAUGGCUCUAAACAUUGUAAGUUUGAAGCCAAUAUGGUGCUUGGUUUGCUAUUAGUGUGGUUCAUAUAUACUUCUCCACGAUGCGGAAGUCUUUUGUAGUAGUCUUCCGUUGUUGUAGGGGAUGAGCACCAUCUAUCUAUAUAAUCUAUCAUCUAUCAUCUAUUAUCAAAUGUA